AUAAAAAUAAAUUAAAAAUGGACGCAUAUAGAGCAAUGGCAAGUCUAGUAGACAACGCAACAAGUGAAUCCUUAAAUUAACCAGAUUAAAACUCUAUGAAAGAAGUAGCAGAGUUGGUGCGUUCUAGAGCAGAUAUGCCAAAAGAAGUAAUAAAAAAUAUCCAUGCUAAAUUAUAAAAAAGAGAUAGAAAAUUAACUAUGCUUUGCUUAGAAUUAUUAGAAUAUCUUUCUUAUACGUGCGAAAUUACUCUUUAUAAUUAAAUUUCUACAAAAGAAUUCAUGUCAAGAAUUGCAACUUUAAUAAAAUCUUAUGAUAAUGAUAAUAUGAUUAAAUAAAAACUACUUUGUCUUGUUAAAUGUUGGAGAGAACUUUUUUAGAAAGAAUUACAUCCCUUUUUCUUUACUUUACAUGAUAAUUUAAUCAAUAGAGGUUAUGAUGUACCUUCUGGAUAUAUCUCUUAAUAUGCAUCUUUGAAAGGCACAGUAAAAUCUUCAUCUUCUGCUUUUUAAAAAAAUUCGUCACCAACAAAAAAUACUUCAUAGUAAUAACCUUAGAUUUCUGCAUCUAAACAAAAGCUAAAAUCAGAUCUUGAAUUAGUAAAAUCAAAUAUGAAUUUAGUGAAUGAAAUGAUUGAUAACUAAAAUCCAAAAGAUAAUGUAGAAUAAAACACUGUUUUAACAGACUUAAUGACUUCUUUAAAAAAUAUGGAAAGCAAAAUGUAAGAUUUAAUAGUGUAAAUAACAGCUGAAAAUGAUGAAUAUAUGACCAACUUUUGUUUAACAUUGAAUGAUGAUUUAAAUAUAACUUUAGAAAGAUAUCAAUAAUUAAAAAGACAUUAAAAACCUCGUCCUUUUAAAACUAAAAAUGAUUAAUUUUCUUAUUCUAAUCAAUAAUAAUCUUAAUAAUAAGAUACUGCUAGUAUAUUCCUUGAAACAGCAUAAGCUCUUUCUUAAAAACUACAAAUGGCUAAUACAUAAAAGCCUUUACAAAAACCUCCUUAAUAGUAUUAACCUCCUUAAUAAUAUUAAUAACCUCCUCCUGCAUAAAAUAAUAACAAUAAUAAUUUAUUAGAUUUACUAGGUGAUGAUGAACCUGUUCAAGUACAAAAACCACAAUAGCCAAAAUAACCUGAUAUUUAUGAAUUAAUGGGAGUUGGAAAUACAAAUACUUAGUAAACCCCAGUAUAAUAAAAUAUGAAUUCUUCAUAAAACAACUAUGCUGCAUUAAACUAAAUUUAAUAACCUCCUGUACAAUAAGGUAUGAACUUUGGUAUUGGAAUGCCAUAAUAGUAGAUGAGAAUGGGAAUGCCUUAAUAAAACUAAGGGAUGGGAAUAGGAGUUUAGCAAUCUUUAGGAAUGGGAAUGUAGUAGUAACCUAUGGGAAUGGGAAUGGGAAUGGGAAUGUAAUAGUAACCUAUGGGAAUGGGAAUGCAAUAGUAACCUAUGGGAAUGGGAAUGUAAUAGUAAUCUAUGGGAAUGGGAAUGGGAAUGUAAUAGCAACCUUUAGGCAUGGGUAUGGGUGUGUAAUAACCUUUAGGCAUGGGUAUGGGUGCAUAAUAACCUUUAGGUAUGGGAUCCUAAUAACCAAUGGGAAUGGGAAUGGGAAUGCAGUAAUAACCUAUGGGAAUGGGAGCUGGAUUUUAAUAGUAAGGUUUUGGAACUAAUAAUGCCGGAUUUGGAAAUAGUGGCAAUGCUGGAUUUGGAAAUAGUGGCAACUAAAAAUAACCUUAAUAAAAUAAUACUUUUGGAGUUUCUGAAAAAAAACCUUUUGAUGAUUUAGAUGACAUGUUUGGAAUUAAUGGUGGAAAUGCUAAUCAAAAAUAACAAGCUGUUAAAUAAGGAAAUAAUGAUGGAUUUGAUUUAUUCUGAAAUAUUAUAUUUAUAAAAAAAAAUUAUCAUUAAUAUUGAUAUAUCGUUAUAUUUUUUUUAUUAUAUAAAUAAAACAAGUUUUAAUAAC